CACUCAUGCCCGUCAACUGGCGGCUCACCGGCCAGACCACUCGUUUCAAUGUCCGUUGCUUCUGUCCUGUCCAGCUCUCCUCACAUCUUUUCUCACUACUUGCUUCUAACUCCUGCCCUGAACCUCCGUCUGGCAAUGCGUGAUUGCCGCCGGACCAGCCUCUUUCUCAUCCUCCGCUAACACGCUCGCAUCCGGGGGGUUUGUGCUGUUUCGGACGGCAACUUCAAAGUUGUUGACUCGCGGCAUGGCAGGACGAAGCCAACGAAAUACCGCAGAGGUGCUACAGGAUCAACUCGACACUAUCGAAUUGCAGCGCCAGAGCGCAGGCCUUCCCUCGAACACCAGCGUGACGCAGGCAAACGCUCAGGAAGAUGGGCCCGAUUCAAUAGGGGAAUCUCCUUCGCCUCUGAGAACUCACACGGCGCGUGGCCCUGUCCGAUCACGCAGCUACGACGACAACGGGCAAUCGCACCAAUCGCACCCUCCCCAACAGCCCCAGCGACCGCGACCGUCACUGCAAGUAAGAACGGCCGAGCUUUACACAAUCCCGUCCCAAGUGCCUACCCCACAGUUGGAGAAAGAAAGGGGCGAUGGGCCGUCGACUGUCCCUGCGCGCGUGCGCACAGAAGAGCCGAGGGUCUCUUUGACCCGACCACGCCAGACGUUGGGCGAUCUGCGGGACACUGUCAAGGGCUCCAUCCACUCUGCCGGGAAGACCGACGCCAUUCCCCCGCAACGGAGGUGGGGUGGCCUCCAGGGGGGAAGCCGAAGUUCGCCCGCCGCCCGCUCAUGGGCAAAGGUGCAGAAGAUGGCAGAAAGCGCCUACAAGCGCUAUAUUGUGGAGGGCCUGUUGAGGCAGAAACCAAUUCCACCAAGUCAGGACGGGAGGCACAUUCCCCUCAAGCCUGGGCUGGCAAGACGGAAGCCCUUGAAAGACGAGCGGACAGGCCACGCGUACGUGACGAAUUUCAUCCGCUCUAGUAGGUAUACCGUCUGGAGCUUCCUGCCCAAACAGCUCGUUUUCCAGUUCAGCAAGCUGGCAAAUUUCUACUUUCUCGUCGUGGGUAUCCUGCAGAUGAUUCCCGGACUCAGCACGACUGGCACCUGGACGACCAUUGGACCGCUCAUCGCCUUCGUCGCACUCAGCAUGGCGAAGGAGGGAUACGACGACUACCGCCGGUACAAGCUGGACAAGCUGGAAAAUAGGAGCUUAGCUUGCGUGCUCGACCCCGAGGGCACCGUCAAGCUUGCGCCGAGGGCAGAGCGUCGUGUGUCCCGGCGCUUCUUCAGAAAGGAAAAAUCGGCUACAGGCGACGCAGGCACGCAGGUGCCGGAGCUGGAACCGGUGGACAUUGAAGGCGCAGAGCACGGAAGGUGGGCGAGGAUUGAGUGGCAGGACAUCAGGGUUGGGGAUAUCAUCCAGCUGCAGCGGGACGAGAACGUGCCCGCCGAUAUUGUCCUUCUUCACGCCACGGGCCCCAAUGGAGUCGCAUUCAUUGAGACAAUGGCGUUGGACGGCGAGACGAACCUGAAGAGCAAACAAGCCUGCCCUCUGCUGGCCAAACACUGCUCUUCGGUCGCAGGGAUGGCAGAGUGCGAGGCCGAAGUCGUUUCUGAAGACCCAAAUAUCGAUCUGUACAACUUCGAGGGACGCGUGACAGUCAACGGCGAGACCAUGCCCUUGACCUUGAACGAAGUCGUUUACCGAGGCUCGACCCUUCGAAACACUAGCCGCGCCAUUGGGCUGGUGAUAAACAGCGGCGAGGAGUGCAAGAUCCGCAUGAACGCCAACAAGAACGUCCGUGCCAAGGCUCCCGAACUGCAGUACGCUGUCAACCACAUCGUUAUUAUGCUCGUCUUCUUCGUCGUUUUCCUCAGUCUUGGCUGCACCGUUGGCUACAUCGUCUGGCGCCGCCACUAUGAGCAUCACGCGUGGUACCUUCGCCACGUCAGUGUGUCGCUGGGCCAGAUUUUCAUCGGCUUUGUCAUUGCCUACAACACGCUCAUUCCCCUGUCCCUCUAUGUCAGUCUUGAAAUUGUCAAACUGGGGCAGCUGUUCCUGCUCAGCGACAUAGAAAUGUACGACCCGGUCACGGAUACACGAAUGGUGGCAAACACGACGACGAUUUUGGAAAAUCUUGGCCAAGUCAGCUAUGUCUUUUCCGACAAGACGGGCACGUUGACCGAGAACAUGAUGAAGUUUCGCAAGAUGAGCGUCGCUGGAACGGCAUGGCUCCAUGACAUGGAUUUGCGGAGGGAGGCCGAGAAGAUGAAAGGGAAGAAUCUGACGCGCAAGGGGACGCAACCAACAGAAAAGCGGCACCUCGCAUCCGGGCCCAGGGUGUCAACGACUCGCGCCGGUUCCGAGAUGAUGGAAGAGCCCCUGGUCGACGGACGCAAUGCGGAGAGCGGUCGUCUUCCCAGGAUGAGCACGGCCUCGCGGUGGAAAUCAUCCGUUCAACCAGCCCAUGGCCAGCCCGAGCUCAAUACCGAGGAUAUGCUUCGCUAUCUUGCCAACAAGCCUCACUCGCAGUUCUCGCGCAAGACUCGCCAGUUUAUUCUCUGUCUCGCUCUGUGCCACACUUGUCUUCCCGAAAGGGGAGAAGACGGCGAAAUCAGCUUUCAGGCAGCCUCUCCCGACGAGCUCGCUCUUGUCGAGGCUGCCAAGGACCUGGGCUACGUGCUAGUCGACCGCGCUGCGCGAUCCAUGACAAUCCAGGUGCCCAGCUCCGGUGGUUCGACGACUACCGAGACGUACGAGAUCCUGGACGUCAUCGAGUUCAGUAGCAAGCGGAAGCGCAUGUCCAUCAUCAUCCGCAUGCCCGACGGCCGGGUGUGCAUCUUUACCAAGGGCGCCGAUAGCAUGAUUUUGCCCCGCCUCCGACAGAAACAGCUUGCCCUGCAGACAGCCUCGGCCGUCGAAAGGAGAGCAAGUAUGCGCAGGAGUGUCGAGCAGGAAAAGGCUCUCCGUCGCCUGAGUCUGCAGAGUCCCAAGCGUGACAGCAUGAAUCUCCAGAGAGCUCUGGACCGGAAAGAUAGCUGGCGCUUGUCUGCGACUGUUACCGAUGACGUCGGUCAUUGGCUCUCCAGCCGCGACACUGGCGGAGCAGUUGAGUCGCCCACGGAAGCUGAUGCCUAUCAGGCUCCGCGCCGCUCUCUGGCAGGCGGCCGGUCGAUGGAGCUCGCUCGUCUCGCGGACCCCUGUGAUGCUGUGAUUGAGGAGUCGGCCACGCUGAACGAGGGCGCUGUGUUCGAGCGCUGCUUUCAGCACGUUGAUGACUUUGCUACCGAAGGCCUCCGGACACUCAUCUUUGCAUACCGCUAUCUGGACGAGGACGAGUAUCGGAGGUGGAAGGAGGUUUACCUGCAGGCCACCACCAGCCUCGUCAAACGUCAGGAGCGCAUCGAAGAUGCCGCCGAACUCAUCGAGCAGGACUUUGAGCUUGCUGGGGCGACGGCGAUCGAGGAUAAGCUGCAGCAGGGGGUGCCAGAGACGAUCGACAAGCUCCGGCGCGCCAACAUCAAGGUCUGGAUGUUGACCGGCGACAAGCGCGAGACAGCCAUCAACAUCGCCCACUCGGCUAGAAUCUGCAAGCCCUUUUCCGAGGUCUACAUAUUGGAUGCGACGCUGGGCGACCUGCACGAGCGGCUUGCCAUGACACUGACGGACGUCAGCCGCGGCAUGGUCCCCCACUCGGUGGCCGUCAUUGACGGGCACACGCUCUCGGUGGUGGAAGACGACGCUGCGUUCCGCGUGCUGUUCUUCGACCUGGUCGCUAGGGUCGACUCGGUCAUCUGCUGCCGGGCGUCGCCCUCACAGAAGGCCAACCUCGUCAAGUGCAUCCGCCGCCAGGCUCCCUCGGCCGUCACACUCGCCAUCGGCGACGGCGCAAACGACAUCGCCAUGAUCCAGGCCUCGCACGUCGGCAUCGGCAUCUCAGGCCGCGAGGGCCUGCAGGCGGCGCGCAUCUCAGACUACUCCAUCGCCCAGUUCCGCUUCCUCCAGCGCCUGCUCUUCGUCCACGGCCGGUGGAACUACGUACGCAGCGGCAAGUAUAUCCUCGGCACCUUCUGGAAGGAGGUCGUCUUUUACCUCCUCCAGGCUCACUACAUGCGCUACAACGGCUACACGGGCACCUCGCUCUUCGAGUCCACCUCGCUGACCGUCUUCAACACCAUUUUCACCUCGCUGCCCGUCAUCAUCCCGGGCAUCUUUGAGCGCGACCUGUCGGCCGAGACGCUGCUGGCCGUGCCGGAGCUGUACACGUUUGGGCAGAAGAACAAGGGGUUCAAUGUCCCGCAGUACGUGGGGUGGAUGUUCAUGGCCGUCGUGGAGUCGGCCAUGAUCUUCUACUCGGUGUAUUACAUCUAUGCCGUGGCGUCGCAUUGGCCCGUGUCAGCCGACUUGUACCCCGUCGGAACCUUGGCUUUCUCGCUGGCGGUCAUGUUCAUCAACAUCAAGUUGAUGUUCCUCGAGGUGCACGACCGCACCCUGGUGAUACUGGGCGGCAUGGGGCUUUCGAUGCUGGGAUGGUGGCUGUGGAAUAUCUUGCUGAGUGCGCUCAUGCACCGGUCGAUCGGGUUGUAUGUGGUGCGGGAUGCGUUUGUGCAUGGCUUUGGCAGGCAGGGGAUGUGGUGGCUGGUGCAUCUCGUGGUCUUGUCGGCGCUGGUGGUGUUUGAGUUGGGGGUCACCGCCGUGAGGAAGUCGCUGUGGCCGACGGAUCGCGACCUCAUGCAGGAGAUGGAGCAUGCCAAAGGGGUCAAGGAGCUGUUGAGGGAACAUGCUGCGGACGGCGGUGAGGCGGGCAUCGUCAGUGCGGGGAAUGACGGAGAGACUGCUGGUGCGGUCAAGGGCGGGGAUGCUGCUUCGCUCAGGACGGUCACGUCGACGUCUGUGUCUAUGCAGUCGCCCCGUCACGAGGCGACCGUGCCGGGAUGGCAGAGGUGGGAGCCGCAGGGCCCAGUCUCGCAGUACGGGCAUAGCGCCGGGGGAACAGCUAGGAGGGCGACGGAGGAGUUUGCGCGGCCGCAGUUUACGCCGCCGGCUGAGGAGAGGGACAACCCGAUGGAGAGGGCGGGCACCAAGAUCCGGGACGGCGCCUUGGAAGAUUGAGCCCGACUUUCAUUACGACUUGACGGUAUAUAUUCAAUUUGGGCCUUAUAGCGACUCCUCUGGGUUUAGGGAUGCAUAUGUCUUUCUUGGGUACAUCGCUUUACUGGGGCAUUUCAGGGAGUAUAGGCGCAGCGGUUUAAGAGGCUUCUCCGCUUGGGGUAACUUUUGCUUGGAUAUCUUGUUUUGGAGUUCUUUCGCUACGGGCUGCUUGAUCACUGCCCUUGCGGGCGAGCGUCUCAUCACUUCGGGGGAUACCCGAGCAAGAGAAAAUACAGCGUGCUGCUUUCACCUUGAUUGGAGCUUGAGUUUGAUUCAUGAGUGACUAGAUGGGACCCUUUAGAAGCACAUGGGUGAACCUGCGACGGACUGAAAGAUACCAGAGAGAGUUAGGUAUAUAAUCAAACAGUACAAGUCAAAUGUC